AUGAUCACUACUCUAGCGGCAUUUCUGUCAGGACAUAACUACCUUUUCGUCUUUCGUGAAAAGUUGCUCUCUAUCGAAGCGAAAUUGUCCAAGACGGCGCCAAGUUUGCAUAUUUGCUUGUACGUGUUCAUAUUUAUUGUGGGCAGUGAAAAAGCUAUUUGGAUAUAUUUUUUAGUAUCGGAUUUCCUGAUUUAUCACAAACAUGCCCAGUUCGCCUUCUUCUGGAUGUACAUCAGAUGGGGUUGCCUUUUCAAUGCUUUCAUUAGAUGCGCCGUGUUUGAAUGGCACUGGCAUACCAUGAAGAAGCUGCGAAUUGUGUUUGAAGAGAGAUUAUAUAAGACAACAAGUAUGGCUCGUAUUGAAAGAAAAGACAUUGAAGAUACAUUAUUGAUCUACGCAGAUUUGUUGGACGCAUUGAAUUCUAUUGGAUUUAUUAUGAAGUCAUUGGUUCUUAGUCGGAUGCUGGUGGAUGAUUUCUACUAUAUGGCAAUUUUCAUUUUUCCGUGUAUAAUAAUGGAGUUGGUGAAAAGCGAAGUAGAUAAAAUAAGAAUAAUGUUAACUGACAUUUAUACAGAGAGUUCAGAUGAAGGCGUAGUGAGGAAAGCAGAAGACAGCCUAAAAUUUCUUGAUCUUUGCCCUUACGAGUUUGUGGUGUGGCAUCUCAUUCCUGUCAACAUAAAAUUGCCACUCAAUGUGUUGGCAGUUUUAACUUCAUACAUGAUAAUCACUUUGCAGUUAGCUUAUCUUUCUGGCUGA